AUGGCCGAUCCUGCUAUUCACGGAGAGUCUGAGAAACACUUUGAUUUGGACGAAUCCAACAGCAUUCACGAAGAACAAGAUAAAGAGCAAACCGAUGGAAGUGGAGACGAGAACAAGACGCCAGAUGUUUCUGAUGAGAGUGAAGAAGAGAGAGAAGAAGAUGUGACAAAGGAAGAUGAUGACGUUGGUGAUGGAGAAGAUGAAGAAGAAGAAGAAAAGGAAGAGGAAAAGGAAGAAGAAGAAAAGGAAGAGGAAGAAGAAAAGGAAGAGGAAGAGGAAGAAGAAAAGGAAGAGGAAGAGGAAGAGGAAGAAGAAGAAAAGGAAGAGGAAGAGGAAGAAGAAGAAAAGGAAGAGGUUACUGCAUCUGGAGCCGAGACUAUGGCGGGGGGCGCCUCAACCACUGAGAAGCAGCUGGUUCCCACGAUUUCUUCAGAGUUGGAAAAAUACUAUGGUGGAUGCAUCGUAAAACAGUUUUCUUCGGAUUUUACUCUCAAAGAGUUGAAAUCUUUGCCGAAAAAAGGACAGAUCCUUAGAAGUGUCUCUGGAGACAAAAUCGACAUGAUGCGUAAAGAAGAAGACCUCACCAAACUCUUCAAUCCAGUGGCAUCCAGUCCUCCGAUCGUUCUUGUACGGUACUCGGACAGUAUUGAAGAGACUCCCUCGCGUGGUGUAUUCCUAGAAGCGAAUCACCGAAUGGUGACUCUCAGCGCUAAGAUGUUGACGUUGGAAGAAGAGGUGUUCCGUGUCUCGACUCUAAUUGUAGUUCUGACUGAUGAAUCAUUCUCCAAGAUCUGGAUGCAUUCAAUGCCUCUGGAAUACAGCCGGUGUUUUGGUGCAUCCGUAGAGUUAUCCAACAUUCCUGAAGAGAUUCUGAAAUUCGGAAUGCGUUUGGUGACAAGCGCAACACUGAGAGCGGCCAGUGAAUACUCCGCUGAGGAACAAGCUUUGCUUCUUCGUCCGCUGUUUGGAAGAUUUUCUGAAAUAGACGUCGACAAGAUGCGCAACGAUGUAAAUUACCGGAAUGCAAAGUACAGACAGAUGGUCGAAGCUGGUUUCGCGUCGCCGCUAACACCAUCGCGAAAAGAGCUGGACCCUCUUCUCCUGUAUCUUCUUCCACGCAAGAUUCGAGACUUUUACUUUGAAUCUCAAAAGCAAAGAUGUACAUGGCCGAGCGGGCAGAAGUUCAUUCAACAUCUAUUCGAAUCUUCCAAAAAAGAGCCGGAAAAGGUAUACGAACUAUUGGAGAACUAUGUUCGCAAACAGCAACCAAAAAGAGGAAAACUUUGUAAACAAUCGAAAAUAGACUGCAACGCAGAAAAACUAAGGCGUGAGUUGCGUGCUCUACAAGAAGAACGAGUCAAUGUAUGCAAAAGAAGGAGGAGGGAAGGUGACGAUCGUCAUGACGGCAAAAUCAUCAAAGUGAGGAAGCUUGACGAUGUCAGUGGCCCAGCCGUUGUAAUUUUUGAUGAAAAGUUCUCGGUGCCGUGGAAAUUCGACAGUGAUCUCAAUUUCAUGGUUUUGGACCCAUCUCAAGAAUUCAUCAAAACGCUUUCCAAAUGUUCAAACACGUUCGCGUUUGGAAGAGUUGUUCUCGAUGAUGGCAAGCAGGACAACUUUGCCAUCGGAGGUCCUGGUAUUCACACACCAGACAAGCAAACACGUCGAAAAGUCUGUAAUUCACUGAAGACGGCUGUUAACUCGUACUCCGGAAAAUCCAACAUGAAAGUGGGAUGCACCCACAAGCUGUACAGUCUUGAUUUGGUAGCUGAUGGUGAUGAGCAGUGA